AUGACAGCAAGCGAGACGCAAAUACAAAUCUCCCUUUCGUCCACAGAAGCCACACAGGAAAGAGACAUGAGUCACGCCGCCGAUGCCACCGCUCGCACCGCCGAGGAUUUUGAGAGCAUCGACCUCGAUGAGGUCUUCGAGGACCUUCGCGACGCAGGCAUCUUCACUCGCCGAGAAUUCCUCGACGUCGCGAAAGGGACGCCGAGCGAGAAAAAUUUGUUUCUGCUGGAACGGUUUCCUCGCAAGGGAGAUGAUGCGUUCCCGACUCUCCUCGAGAUUCUUCGCAAACGAGGCUAUCAACAGCUUGCCAGCAAACUGAGUCGAGGCGCAUGUCCUGACGGUGUCUGCCCGAAUGCAUGGUUCUUCCUAAAAUCACUCAUCUGUGGGCUCGGCCAGAAAGAGGAGGAAUACAAAUCGGGUAUUCCUCCUCUUCCUCCCGAGCUCACACCGAUGGAAGAAGGUGCGAGUCGGACUCCGGUCGUAAAAUUUCGGACCCCACGCCGUCUCGGUCGGAUUCCACAACCGGAAAUCUGGAGACGGCUCAAAGAUCUGCUCGGAGAUGCUGGAAUUCCCGAGACGCGAUCGCUGCCGGAAAACGUUCCGAUGCUCCAGGAUCUCGAGGAUGGCCUUCGGAAUCGGUCCCGGGACGACGAAGAGCGAUACCUGCAGAUGCUCAUGACUCUGCUUCGACUCUCGCUCGAAGACGUUGCAGAGGAGCUGAAGCAAGCAACGGUCGAGUGCCCCGAGGCAGAGGCAGGAAAAAUCGACGGCACGCUCCGACACAAAUUCCCAGAGUUCGUGGCCGGCCCCGGACUCCAGGUGGGAUACCGAUGCGGUCCGACCACCUUGCACGAGGCUUACCGACCGGUCCGAUACGAUGGGCGUGGGAUGUUUCGAUCGGCCAAGAGACCUGGAGGUUCUCGCGGAUGGCGGCAUCCUGCAUCCUCACGCCGACGCGUGAACGCGGCCGCCCGCCGUGAGAACCUCGUUUCGGGACCUCAAAUGUCAGACUCGACGGCCACGGUCCUCCAGAGUCCCCACGAAACUGCAGAAGCCCUCGAAAUGCGGCCGUCGAUCUCGUUUCCGAAUCGCCGAGAAUCCGAAUUCGUUCUCGAACCGGACCCCGAGAAACUUCUCCAUCCGUUCCAGUCGGGCCACCCGAAUCCAGUCGGAAGCAUCCCGCAAGCCACGGCGAGACGAGAGACGACCGAGCAGCCGAAAACGAUCGGGGAACGAGAGGAGGGAGGCGAGGAUGCUCGCGACUGCCCGCAACUGCGAGUGAGUUGAGUUUCGGAGAGAUGAGGAUGAGAAUG